CAUUGAAAAUCUCUUAAAUUAUCAAGUGUCAAACAAUGGCAGACGUCCUUGCUACUGGAAGCGCAGUUGUUGGUAUUAUCGUUGCUGCUUUCCAUAGUGCCAGGCUCCUGCACGAUGAUUUCAGUGCUGUAAAAAAUGCGGGGGAGACCAUCAAGCCUGUUGUCGAUGAUCUCAAUUCUGUUGUCGGUGUACUUUCAUCCCUAGAUGUCACUGCGAGAAGAAGCGACCAAGCCCAAGGAGUUCCGAGCGAGAUUGACAAUGACAAUUUCAAGGCCGCAGCUAAAAAUUGCAACAGGAUAUGUACGGCAUUUCGAAAAAAAAAUUGGUCAAGUGGAUAAGACACCCCUCGAACAAUAAAAUGGAUUGGAGAGAUAGAUUCAGGGUUGGAUUUCUGGCUGAGAAGGAGCUUCUGGAGUUCAACAGACAAUUGGUGGCUUGCAAAGGGACGUUCACAAUUGCACUGCAAAUGGCUACACUCUCGGUCGCUUUACGACAAACUGAUAAAACUGAAUCAGUUAUCGAAAGACUAGACGAUACCAACAAAAGGAUAAACCAAGCGGGUCUUGUUGCUAGAGAUCGCAUUGACAACCUUGAGUAUCAGUUACAAAGAGUUACAAUUGAAGAAGUGUCUAUAUCAGAUGAAGAUGAAAGUCAAGUCUUAUCACACUUGUCAGGUGGAGAAGUAAGCCAGGCUAUGUCUGAUUCAACAACUAAUGAAGCAUCACAAUCUUUACCGCAGCCGUCUCCAGAAGAAAUUAUGGAUACUUUCGAGAAAUCAUGGAAAACAGCACUAGUAGAAGUUGCUUCCCGCCGGAUUAAAAUUGGUAAAGUGACGCAAGCUUCCAACGCUAAAGCGGUCGUUGGCGUUCACGGACUUAAGAAUACUAACGAGAUGAAUGUGGAGAUAGACGAUGUUUCUAUAGGACCGGGAAGUUGGUCACUUGUAGGGGUUUCGGAUGGUGUUGAUUUGAAUGCCUUCUUUAAAAAAUCUAACUGUAUAGGAGGACGCUGGAAUUUUCUAUCUGCUUGAUGUCGAUGUUGCAACAGGGGAUUAGCGAGGAGAGAUAACUAGACGAGUCCGUCCCGAUGCUUGAAGUCCAGAUUAUUUUCGUGGAGAUUUUAUCAGUAAAUCUCACACGCAGGAACAGAUACAAAGAUAAAUCAGGACUUAUAUCAAGAAAACUUCGUGAACUAGCUAUCUCUCUUGGUGAUAGCCCACUUCAAUAUCCUCGUCAUUAUUUCACAAAUUCAUUACAUAGACCGUUUCUCUCUCCUUCCACAUUUCCAUCAUAGUCGAAAAAUAGCAACCUUGUAUUGGCAAGUGUUGAAGAAGCCGGAAGAACAGUCGAUACUCAAGGCGUAACAAUAUUGAAAUCAGCACUCGGUAAUCUGAUCAAGGCUGUGAUCUUAGUCAACGCAUCUACGUCUCCAGCAGUAGUGAGGGCGAUAUAUGGAUUAUUCACGAUAACUGGACUUCUCCCCAGAGCCGUGGCUCCAAUUAAUCUUGCAAGAUUCACAUGAUCUAACCAAAUAGUCAAAUCACUCCCCGGAUUUGGCUUCUCCGAAGAAGCUACGUAUGGAAUGGCAUGGCCCGUCAUGGCAGCAUUGCUCAAUCUCAAGUGCCAACCAGCGCUCGGCUUAUUAUUUAGCUGGAUACCGGAAACCAUGAAAUCGAUGGUAAUUUCUUUCAUUAAAUACACCUCUGGUUUCGUGAAAGCGGCGGGUCCUUCAAUUUUGAUAGCGAUUGUGUCGAAUAGCUCGUCGAAACUCAAUGUCAGCAAUGCUUCAGGUGACAUGGAAAGAUCUACUUUCUGAGGCCCAAACUGCAAUUCACGAGCGCCCGUCAAAUAGAAAUUACGCCAGGUGGCAUUUUCUGAGCCCCAUCUAAGAGUAUUGUAUACAGAAUCUAGGGUUAACAUUGCUUGCUUCGCAAUAUCACUAUCUUUUUCAGCCGAACCUUGAGUUUUGAACACGAGUUUAUCCAAAAGCGUAGCUGCGAAUCGAAGAUUUUUAUUCAUGAUAUAUUCGUUGGCCAUGUCAAGAACGGCU